AUGAUGCUUUCAGACAAGAUGAUGCUUCUUCUCGUGUUGUGUUUCCUCUCAGGUAACGACUUCAACAUGUUUGAUUCAUCCAAAUGUUCAUCUUCUCCUUCGACUACCAUCAUCAGUUUGUCUUUUCUUAGGUGGUGGUCUUGCUCUGGAGGUCCACCAGCCCUCUGAUCUCAUCACAACCUCUGGAGGCAGAGUUCAGAUUUUCUGCAGCCAUGCUGAGAAAACCUACAGAGUGAUGCUCUGGUACCAGCGCUCUCCUGGAGACACGGCUCUGAAACUCAUCGGGUAUUUGUACUUUAAAGAUGUCAAACUGGAGGAGGGAUUUAGAGAAGACUUCAAUAUGUCUGGAGAUUUAGGUGGAAGCACCGAGAAGAACGGCUCUCUCAUCAUUGAAAGUGUAAGAAAAGAGCUCAGUGCAGUUUAUUACUGCGCAGCCAGAGAAGCACGCCGAGAGAAAUCCCCUCUGAGUAUAACAAAAACCAUCUCUGCUGUUUUUUUAUCAAUGGUUUUAGGGAAGAUAUGA